AUGGUUGAAUCCCAGGCAACAGUGCUUCCUAUGGUGCUUUCUCGGGUGGAUGGAGGUAUGACAAAUUCUUCUUCGAGUUCUGGAAUAUUUUUCCUAGGAGACGGGCAAUAUCAGGUCCAGGGUAACCCCCAUGCAGCAAGCUCAGGGCCAAGUCCCGGGGCAAGUUCUUUGGUCACAGAUGCCAAUUCAGGACUGUCAGGAGGUCGUCAUCUGCAGAGAAGUGCUAGCAUUAAUACAGAAUCUUACAUGCGCUUGCCUGCGUCUCCCAUGUCCUUCUCAUCUAACAACAUUAGCAUCUCUGGUUCGUCUGUUAUGGAUGGAUCCUCUGUUGUGCAGCAAAGCUCACAUCAAGAUCCAAGCUCUCAACAAGUCCAGCAAAGGCAGCAGCAUCAGGGAGCUUCAAGUGCCACAUCUUUGCCUACUUCACGGAUGGGACAAGUUCAGCUUCCUGGUGGUCCAAGGGUACCUAGUGCCUUCAUUCAAGAUCCUACCAAUAUGUCUCAGCUGCGAAAGAAACCCCGAUUGGAUAUCAAGCAGGAAGAUAUUUCACAACAGCAGGUUCUGCAGCAGCUGCUCCAGAGACAAUAUCCCAUGAACUUACAGAACCCCAAUCCUCAGCUGCAAGCUCUGAUUCAGCAGCACAGACUAAGGCAACAGCAACAACAGCUUCUACAGUCUAUGACACCAAUGCAGCGGGCUCAGUUGCAGCAGCAGCAGCAGCAACAGCAACAGCAACAGCAACAGCAGCAGCAGCAGUUGCAGUUAAGGCAGCAGCUUCAACAACAGGGAUUGCAGCCUGCAUCUACUGUGAAGCGUCCCAAUGACAGCAGUGUAUGCUCACGCCGGCUAAUGCAAUACUUGUUUCAUAAGAGACAGCGGCCUGCGGACAACACUUAUGCUUAUUGGAAGAAGUUUGUGGCGGAAUAUUACUCUCCACGUGCAAAGAAGAGGUGGUGUCUUUCCUUGCAUGAUAACGUUGGCCAUCAUUCGCUCGGGGUAUUCCCCCAGGCAGCAAUGGAUGCAUGGCAAUGUGGCAUCUGCCGUUCAAAAUCUGGGAGGGGACUUGAGGCAACAUUUGAAGUACUCCCCAGACUAAAUGAAAUCAAAUUUAGCAGUGGUGUCAUCGAUGAGAUCUUGUUCUUGGAGUUGCCCCGUGAAUGUAGAUUUCCUUCAGGAAUGAUGAUGGUGGAGUAUGAAAAGGCAGUUCAAGAAAGUAUAUAUGAGCAACUUCGUGUUGUUCACGAGGGUCAGCUUCGUAUUAUUUUUGCUCCCGAUUUAAAGAUAUUGUCUUGGGAAUUUUGUGCACGGCGCCAUGAAGAACUUCUUCCUCGUAGAUGGAUUGCACCACAGGUAAACCAAUUAUUGCAAGUUGCUCAGAAAUGCCAAGGCUCAACCAAUGAAAGUGGUCCUGAUGGGAUUUCUCCCCAGGAUUUACAGGCAAACAGCGUUAUGGUUGUAACAGCUGGACGUCAACUUGCUAGGAGUUUGGAGUUACAAUCAGUUAAUGAUUUUGGAUUUUCCAAAAGAUACGUGCGAUGCCUACAGAUAGCUGAGGUUAUAAAUAGCAUGAAAGACCUGAUGAAUUUCUGCAGGGAACAAAAAGUCGGACCAAUUGAAGGCUUGAAGGAUUUUCCGCGGCACACCACUGCAGCCAAAAUUCAGAUGCAAAAAAUGCAAGAUGUGGAGCAGAUGGGAGGUCUUCAGGGUCUGCCUACUGAUCGUGACAUGCUCAAUAAACUAAUGGCAUUGCAUCCUGGAAUCAAUACUCAAAUGAACAAUGACCAGCAUAUGGUUGGUCGAAAACCUUUGACUGGAUCAGCGCAGAUUGCUCUUGCAUUGACAAACUACCAAAAUAUGUUGAUGCGACAAAACUCAAUGAACUCAAACUGCAAUUCUCUUCAGCACGAAGCAUCCUCUUCUCUCAAUAAUUCUAACCUAGUUCCCAAUUCUCCCUUUCGAGGCUCAUCCUCCGGUAAUUUGCCAGGAAAUUUACAGAAUUUAUUAGUCUGUGGCUUCUCUAAUUCUCAUGUACUACAGCAGCAUCAACAGCGACGUGCAUCCAGUGGUAAUGGCUUACUGCAGCAAAAUCAACCUCAACCUUCCCAAGGCAGCCAAGCUUUACAACAACAAAUGAUCCAGCAAUAUAUACAGCAUAUGAGCAAUAACGAUAGUGGGAGUCGGGUUUUACAGCAACCCAUCUCUAUGCAAGGUGCAGGCAGCAGUGUACCGGGGAAUGGACCUGGAUUUAGAAACACCAUUUCUGGUGCAACUGCUUCAGCUGCAAAUGGACCAGGAAAUGUCGUUGGACCUACUCCAUGCAGAAGUAAUAGUUUCAAAACUGCUUCGCACAUUGAAUCUUCUGCUGGAGGUGGUAAUAAUGGAUUCAGCCAAAAAGAAUCAGAUUUACCUUUAUCAGGUGAAAUAGUAGACGACAUUGUCCAUGAAUUCACAGGGAAUGGGUUCUUUGACAGUGAUCUUGAUGAAAUGAACUAUAGCUUGAAAGCAUGA